AUGGAUCAGAACCGAGAUGGCUUCAUUGACCAGGACCUAAAGGUCACCUAUGCCUCCCUGCGCAAAACCAACGUCAAGGACGAGGAGCUGGAUGCUAUGGUCAGGGCGGCCUUGGGGCCCAUCAGCUCCACGAUGUUCCUCAACAUGUUUGCAGAGAAGCUGAGCGGUAUGGGCGCCGAUGAGACCAUCCUCAACGCAUUCAAGAUGCUGGACCCCGACAGCAAAGGCAGCAUUAACAAGGACGAGGGAGUCAUCAGGAGGCUGCUGAUGUCCCAGGCUGACAGGAUGACUGCCGACGAGGUAGACCAGAUGUUCCAGUUCUCAACCAUCGACACUGCUGGCAACCUGGACUAUAAGUCACUGAGCUAUGUGCUCACUCAUGGGGAGGAGAGGGAGUGA